CUCGCCCUCGCCGCUCCUUCAACCCCCGCCGCCACGACAGCGCCAUUCACCGUCUCUCCACCGACCGCGCGAUCAACAGAAACUCACGUGGUGCUCGUGCAUGCGCUCACGCCACGCGCGGAUCAAUCUAACCCACUGCGCUGACAUCACGCCCAACCAACUGCGAGCGGGCGCGACUGUGAACCUAUUGCCAAACUUACCAUUCGCGCGCUCUUUCCCGUCCUUUCUGCCAGCAUCAAUUCCGGACUGCUUCCUGGGUCCGAACCCAUUGCCAUCACGAUUGUCCGAUUGCGGCGCGGCGGCACUAUCGACUCAGCAAUGACCUGAAGUGAAGGAGGAGAUUGCCAUCAUAGCGCACGCAACUGCAGGUGACCCUGGGAGGGCAGCGGAGGCCUCAGGUGGUGACAGGCGCGGAGUUGGCGUGAGGCGCACCGAUUUGGAAGUCAGCGCUGGCGCCGCAACAGGCGGGGAGGACAUGCCCGGCCGGCUGAUGAUGAAUCAGCAAGGAGCAGUUGGAUCUCAAGACCUCAAGAAAGACAGAAGCCAGGCGCAAACAGGGAACGUCUCGCAGAAGCGCGAUCUCGCGCAGAUGCAGGGAGCAGCUCAUACCAAUGGCAACACCAAUGGAGUCUCAAGUGGCUCUCUGCCGAAUGGACUGCCUGCCAAAAAUGAGCCGCUACCUACUUCCAAUGGACACUCGAAUGGCGCAGGCACUUCAGUGUCGAGGCCCUCUACACCUCCGCCAUUGGACCAAUCCUGGCGCACGUCCGAGAACAACAAGCCCUUCGGCGUUCUCCUAGCUCGUCUUGCGCAGCAAUGCUUUGGAGACCUCAACGCCACACUUAACAAGAUGAACGAUAUGCCGCCUCCACAGCCUGCGGCUUCGAACGGAGUUGUACCGCAGACAUUCGACCCUUCCAAGGAGAGUCUGGCCAGAAAGAAAGCUCUGAUGGACUUUGCCAGUGACCAGAGAGACCGGUUUACCAAAGCUCUCAUCCUUUCAGACUUCGCGCGCAGCGAGCAUGAUAUGGCCAAACUGGUAGAUCUCAAAGCUUGGUUUGAUUCUCAGAUCGCAGCUCAGGAGAACGCCAUGCGCUUCAUUGGAAUAACCAAGCAUGAUGUCGCUCGAGCAAAGAUGCCCAACCCGAACAUCGAAGGGGCAAUGGAACUAUUGGCAAACGGCAAAGCUCCCUCAAAAUGGCCGGACCUGGGUUACAUUCCUCCUCCGAAGCUUACUGCCAAGCAGCUCGCCAGUACCCUGCAGGACAUGAACGUGAUUAUUGCGACCCGGCUCAAUCUGCAUGAGGACUUACCGCACUAUUUCCGCGACUUUUCCAUUGCAAACGGAAGGGCCACCUUUCGCGUGCCUGGAGAGUUCGAAGUUGACCUAUCAGUUGCUGAUGAGGACCCUUCCUCUCAAUUCUACCUGAUCGAUCUGCGUUUCAGUUUCACGCCUGCUCCAGGGUUGACAGAUGAUGUCUUGCGAAACGCUCUGGAGGCCCACACGAACGAAGCGCUCAGUUCCAAAGGCCUACUCGGAUGCUAUGACUUCUUGCAUAACUUUGUGUUGACGCACAAGAUCAAUGUCCUCAAGUCGCAAUCAGUGCAGCUCUUCCGCGAGAAGUGGUUCGACUGUCUCGUGACUGAGACUCAACGAAGAGUCCUGGCCAUUCAGUAUUGGAAAGAUCAAGCAGGCAAGAAGAGCUGGAUCGAAUUUGGCAUCAGCACAGGCAAAUCAAGAGGCAAGCACUCCAGACGGAAGCCAACAUCGCAGCACUCGGUCCGGUGGUUCAGACAGGGACAAGAAGUGCAUGACCAGGCGAUUCUUGUUGACUGGGACGACCUCGACCUGGAUGCCAUAUUGUCGCAAGUCACAGCUAAGCAUGCAUCGUGGUCGCUCUCUACAAUUAGCGAUCGUUUGCAAGCCCUCGCGGGGCCACGGUCACAGGUGCGCGCGCAGCUCAGCACUUCAAACUCCAGCGCCGACGAAUGUAAUCUCACAUUAUCGCUCCCCGGCUUGCGCAACCCUAUAGCGGUGAACAUCGAGCCAGUCACUGGCCUCGUGACGAUAUCACUGUCUUCCAGAGAUGCUGCCACGGCACAGCGAAACCUCAACCGCGACCCAUCCACGGAUAAUUCGGCCAGCAUUGCGCAACUGCUAUGCCGCGCUGUGCAAGAUAAAGUGCGCAGAGUGGCAAUAUCUGCCCGGUGGCAGCUUGUUGACCCCCGUAGCUUUGGUCCGCAGCCGAACUUCCGGGCGUUGUUUGGACCGGACAUUGUUCGUCAUGACAUAUUCGCAUGUAAUGAAGCCUGGGGAGAGCGUUGGUCGUUGUGCACUACCUACAGUCUUGCUGGUCAGAGGUGGUGGGUGGUGCAGACCAAUUCGAGACCCGUUGAAGAGGGCAGAACCAUCAAGUCUAUUGUGGACGCACGACCCCUCGAUGUCACAACAUCUGCGAUAUCUCGAGCCGAUCUCUCACGCAUUCAAACCAUGGGCGAGGCCGAGGUAUCUUUCGCAGUGCUCGUCCAAGAGCUUGGCGCAAAUAAGAUCCCAUAUCACCUCGAAAGGCUUUCUUCGCUAACUUUCGAUGGUGAUAGACGUGACGAGAGUGCGACAACAGUGGUCUACAUCCGCAUGUCGCAACAAGACCUGAAGAAGCCCGAGCUUGCACACUACAAACCGCUCGCCAUCACGGAAUGGAUUCGCAUCGUGUAUGAGGGGCUUCUCGAUGACAAUGAUGGUAGUGAAGAGUCAAGACAUGAUAUACGUUUGACCUUGGAGUCCAGUCAACUGAAGCAUUUAAAGGACUAUCUCACCACUACGCAGAGCCGAAACGGAGAUGUUGCUAUGAACGCAUCUGGCGGCUUGGCAUUGUCACUUCGAGCGCAGUUUGGGCAGUCGUACAUCAAGGAAAUUGCGCGCCUACUCAAACGGUGUCGCGAUCUUGACUCAGCGUUGUCUGCAGCGCGGCAUCUCCAGUAUACUUGCACGGCUGUCGGCUUGAGCAAACUGGCCUUCAACUAUGGCACGUCGCAGCAGUACAAUGGGGUACUUACAAAGAAGGGCGGAAGUACUAAGCUGAAGUUGGGCCCCACCUCGAGCAAUCCUCAUCAACGAAUUCGAACGCACUUGGAAGAGGUCUACAACCGAGCGGCGGACAACCCAUUCUUCUCCCUUGCAUUCGCCAUGUCAGCAGCGCAGCCUUUUCUGGAGGCAAUUUCGGAGCUGGAAUUGAAACACUCGGCGCAGCGCACGUUGACCCUACACUCGCAUCAUGUCUUCAGCUACUCACUCGUCUAUCAUGCGCCACUCGCUCCUUGCAGAUUCAAAAUGGUGUUACAUUGGAACAAUCAACAGACCACUCGCAACAAGACCGUGUCAUAUACGGUGACAGUCUGGGACAGGGAUGGCAUUAAGCUGCCAGCAGAUUUCACAACAGCCCUCACUGAUCUCAGCAAGGACGCUGGCUCUACCGCAGAGGGCUGGAUGGGCAACAAUAGAGGUGGCUUCACUUCGAACGCCAAGGGCCUCCGCGCAAUGCUGCAGAGAUUGGAUGACUUCAUGCUCAGCUCAACCAAUGGUCCUGAUAAUGCUGUGGAGAAGCUGGACAAGUCAGAAACAUCCUUACCUGAGACGAAGCCUGCACUGAACCGGAAUCCAUCGACGACACAGGCCCCGACGCAACAGAAGCCUCCCACCCCAGCUCAGAUGAGGAACCAGGCAAGACCGCCGCCAACCCAAAUGAGGCUGGGGCAGGACAGCACAGCUCGACAGAUGACUGUCCCGGCGACGCAUGGCCAGCGACCCAAUCAGAACCAAGGGAGAGUCAAGAAAGAGAUCAUUGAACUCGACUAGGCAACGACCAUGGUCUUUCAAGUCCUGCUCUCUGCAGUCAUGAAGAGACUAUCUGUAUUAGUGCUCAUUAUACCCCUGGAGCGGCAACCUUUUACUUUUUUGAUCGAAAAACUUAUUUGCUUUGAGCGUUAACGUCUGAAUUUGCUGAUUUCGGGUGGAGUCUCGAACAGCUUUGCUUUCAGUUGCCAGUACGAAUCGACAGACUCUUUCGCUGUUGUCGAAUACGGCACAACAGAUGGCAUAGCUUUUUCAAGGAGUCUUGUCCUUGCAUUGCGGGGGGUCUUCGAAGUAAGGUGGUUUCAGUGGCUUUUUCUGUCAUACACAUUGCUGAUGACAUUGCGAAAGAUGGAUUUCAUGGCUCGUGGUCGAGGCGCGCGCAGCGUGGGAAGUGUACGAUGAUGUGAAGGGGCUGAAGAAAAGCGCGUGUGAGAAGUGCAGCGCGGCGGAAGGUUGGGGCGGUUGCAUCAUGUUCCGCAGGAGCUGCGAAGAGGCACAAGUCGUCAUGAUGGCGAGGAACACUCCAAAAAGGGUUCUAUUGGAUCGGCAUUGGAUGGGAUCGAGGCUAGUACUGCUACUGCGAUGAUACCAAUAUACGAAAGAAAAGAU